AAAGAGAAAAAAAACUCAAACGAAACCUCUUUCACUUUGAAUUGACUAAAGAACAAAGAAACAAGAUAAAAUGAUACAGUGAUAAACAAUCUCGAAUGAAAUAAUUGGCAACCGUGGAUCUCUGGCUUUCAGUUAGCAACAUCAUCUGCAUCUACUAUCCAACUGUUUUGGAUAUGAAUCGAUGUGUGGUCACCAGUUGUGUUCAUAACUUGUAAACAAAACCCUAUUAUCAACAGGUUAUGAGACCAAAUGCGAAAACAAAGGGACCCCUAAAUGGGCACCCGAAUCACUUUAGCUCAAGCUGAGGUUUCGGAGAUCUACUGCAGUUUUUAUGUGCAUUUUGUUUGUCAAUUGUUAAAUUUUCUGGUUACGAUGCCAGUAGCCAUGUUAAUCAUUUGGUUAUUUUUUUCGAUGUGUGCCAUUAAUCAUAUUGCAGGUGUGUUAAUAUGUUUCAAGUGUUGUUGAGUUUGCAAUUAUAUGAUGUUUACUUGAUCUUAUAUUCUCAUGCGGCGUGAAACUUUGUGAUUUACCCAAGCUACUUGGCUGUAAAAGUGCAGAUCACUGUACUUGCCUUUGACAGUUGACUGGUUGUACUAGAUUGGUUUUAGUUGGAAAUUGAAGUGUACUAUGCUGGUGACAUUUUGUGUUUGGUGGAAAUGAAUUUUGGGUUCCUUAAUAAUAUACCGUGGUUUGGAGUCAAUUCUAAUUCACAGAAUGAGAACACAGUAUUGUCAAGCACUAGUAUGGUCUCCGUCUCAUCUUCACGACAUGCUUCUAUUGAUAUCAAUGAGAAUGUAGCAGUAUCGUCAAGUACUAGUAUGGUCUCCGUCUCAUCUGCACGGCAUGCUUCUAUUGAUAUCAGGCAGUGGGGAUGGUCCCUUAUUUCAGUGCUCCCUUUGGCCUUUAGUGCCAAUGAAAAAAUUAAAAUGCCCACCACCAUUAACAAAAAGUUGAAAGGGCAGGCACAGUCACCAUCGAAAUAUGGUGUUGGUGGUUCUAGUAAUGUUUAUUCCACUCCACGCUUCAGACCUUAUGUUUCCAAAGUUCCAUGGCAUACUGGUGCAAGAGCCUUUCUUUCUCAGUUAUUUCCACGAUAUGGGCACUAUUGCGGACCUAAUUGGUCAAGUGGCAAGGAUGGAGGGUCUCCUCUUUGGGACAAAAGACCUAUUGAUUGGUUAGACUUUUGUUGCUAUUGUCAUGAUAUGGGUUACGAUACUCAUGAUCAAGCUGAGCUUCUCAAGGCAGAUUUGGCCUUCCUUGAAUGUUUGGAGAGGCCUCACAUGGCCACUAAAGGAGAUGUCCAUGUAGCCAGACUUUAUAAGACCAUGUGUAUCUCAGGUCUCAGGGGUAUACUUGUGCCGUACAGAAAACAGUUGGUGAGGCUACAAAAUCAGCAGUUAUCAAUUAAUUUCGGAUGGCUAAGUAGUAUAACGAGGAAAGGAUGGAACUUUCAGAAAAGUUGAAGGAAGCAAUCACAGUUUAUUGGGCCUGUAGGUCGGUUGAUUUGUAAUGCUUCUCCAGUAUAACAGAAGUGGACCAUUGUUUCCCAUGUAUUAUGAUAUCAAGUCAUAUGAGUUCAGCUGUCUGUUGCCAGCAUUAGAUGAACAUUGUGAUUUGUAUGUAUGAAAAUAGAUUGGACUAGUAAAUAUUAGACUUUAGUUUUUGAUGGAUGGUGGUUGUAAUGAAUUGUGUGCGGUUUUGUUGAUAAUGAAAGUAACAUGUACAUGCAA